AUGGGUGUUGUAGUUAGAUUUCUUUCGUUCUCUGCUGUGACAGGUGCCAUUGCUACAUCAUACUAUAUGUAUUUUGUUAGGGAAAAUGGCUAUUUUUAUAACAAAUCCAUGUUGAAACAAAUUAAUGAUAAAGUUCAAGACGUUGUGGAACAGAGAGGUAACGUAGAGACUGUAUUUCAAGAAAGAAUUGAAAUGUUGAAGGAUAAGACCGCAAGAGAUCUCAAUAUUAGAUCACAAAGUGAAAUGUUUAAAGAUUUAUGGAAUCAACAGAUUAGAGAUACUGUUUCAUGGAUAUAUUCAUGGGGGAGGUGA